GGAGUUUCCGAAAUCCACACUCGGUGACUUCAGCUGAACAAUGGUUAACAUGAGCUAUCACCAAUCUCUACAGAAACACGCACAGACACUAAAACCGAAACAACCGAGGAAAAGAAGUAAUAAAAAGAAAAGGAACUAUUGGGACAAAAUAUCGCCGACAACUCACAUUCAAACGUGAUUGACAAAAGACACUUAAAGGUCUGGUGUGCUAGGUGUGGGAGCAUAUCGUGUUGUGUCUGUGGACUGUUUGGUGCGAUGACUGCGGAGUGGAUGUACCCUCCUGGCGUGGGACCGCUUUGUGGUGCAGAGUUGGAGGCGUGGUAUGAAGACCUACAGGAUAUACUGGGCUCGGAUGCGGGUGGGGCCAAAAUUACGAGAGCCCCGCCUUGUUCCGAGAAGGAGCCGGAGUUCCUGGAUGUUUUGGAGAGCUGCUCGCUCACCUGGCUAACGGAUGGGCAGGUAUGGGGGGACGGUGUGCAGCGCGUGACGGACGAGCCGCCCAACCACCCGCCGGCCGUCUGUGCGACUCCCCCAAGACAGGAGGAGCGGAGAGGAGGUGACACGGAGAGCUCGGGCGGGGGAGACCUUCUGCCCCCGGAGUUCUUCGAGCUCCUGAGCGAGGGGGUGGACGCGGGGGCCGUGAUGGUCACCGGUGGUUACACCGUCUCACAUCACCAGCCUUCGUCUCCGGCCGCCAGCGAGGAGGAGCUGGCGUCGACGGUUCCCGACGCUUCGUCCUGCUCCUCGGGGUCCCAGUCGCCCUCUUUCAACUGCUCCCCGCCCUCCUCCCCUCCCCUGUCGCCUCCCGCCAGCGUCUCCUCGCGCUGGGGCAAGAGAAAGAGAGGAGGCGAGCGAGGAGGCGCUCUGUGCUCGCCGUCCCCAGGGAAGAAAAGCAGGAGAGAGCGCGAGCACGAGAACGAGAGGAAGGUGCAGGAACUGACGGAUCAGAACGAGCGUCUGAAGGCGGAGAUCGAGCGGCUCGGAGAGGAGGUGCAGAGGACGCGCAGAGCGCUCAUCGAGAGACUCGUCAACACCAGGAGGUGAAGAAGAAAGAGGAAACUUGUGAAGAGGGGUUGAAAGCAAGUGAACAAUCGGCGGAAAUUUAUCUUGUGGGGACCAUGAAAUGCACAUUUAGAAGGAGCAGAGAAGACAAAAGACAUGUGGCACGGGGGGAGCGAGGGUCUCGCAGAGCGUCUCCCACCGAGAGUGAAAGAGAAAGUCAGACGAAGCCAAAGACAAACAGAAGACAGGAAAGAUGGGACCUCAGGAGAACAUGUCUAUGUCACAUUUCACUCCAAAAAUCCAAAAUAACAAACGUUCUUUUGCAUCAAGAAAAUGAAACUUUUUGAGAUUUGUUGAACUGUGAUUUUUUCAUGACAAUAAAGCCAUUUUACCUAAAAACAAAACCAUGUUUUUAGGCAAUUUUAUUUAUUCAAAAUGUAAAAAAUGAGUGUAAAAAACAUCAUUCAAAUUGGCAAACCGUAUAUCAAAGACUUUUUUGCAUUAAGAGAUUUUCAGCUCACAGCUGUGAGGAUUGGUUGUGCUCAAACUGUCAUGAAAAUAAUGGCUCCAAAAUCUCCCUAAAAUAAACGAAAUGUUCCUUGUGCAAAAUUACAAACAAUAUUUCUUCCUUUUGAUUUUCGGGUGAAAUAGGACCACACAUUUCUCCUGAGAUUUAUCUAAUAAUCGGAAUGAAAGUCGCUGUAAUGCAGGAUUUACACCCACCGUCACUUAACUGCAAAUAGGUUUAUCAGCUUUCCUUGUUAUUCCAUACUGAUUGUUUUAUGCGGUGAGAAUGUAUCACAGUGGAUGCAAUAAAAUUAAACGACAGUUUUAAUGAACGAUUGCGAAGAACGUUUGUAUUUGUAACGGUGAUUGUAGAAACAAACCGAGGUGCAUUUCAUUGUAACCCAUCUGUUAAAGAAAGGGCUUCAAGAUGUAAAUUCACCCAAGUUGAUAGAGAUUUACAGUAGUAGCUCAGGACUGUUAAACAGAAGAUUGUGUGAGCAGUUUCUUAUCUUCAACCAAGGCCUCUAAGUGUGUGUGUGUGUGUGUGUGUGUGUGUGUGUUUGGAUGGAUGAAGGGUGUACAUGUGAAUGGAUGUUUAUGGUGAUUUUGCUCUUACUUAUUUAUCUUUUUUUUUUAGAUGUAGCCAUUUACACACUCUGCCUCUAAUCAUGAAUAUUUUUCUAUAUUACAUGCAUAUCAAAUCGUGUCAUUUAAUCAUCAUGUUUAAUCAUUAUAUUGUAGUUUGUUAAUACAAAUACACUUGCAUGCCGAAUUACUGUAUUAGGGUAGACAAACAUUUUUAUCUGAAUUUCACUUGG